AUGGAUGUGCAACACCACAAAGGAAAGCGCCCGGUGUCCUCCACUGCGCUUGGGCUGAAAGAGGGGCGAUGGAAACACGACCAAAAUAAAGUCUCGUUGCUGUGGCUGUUUGGACGUGUUGAUGGAGAUGAAGUGAAGUCAGUGUCAGUGAUGGAGGGAGAUUCUGUUACUCUACACACUGAUAUUACUCAAAUACAGAAAAACAUACAAUUUCUCUGGACUUUUGACCAAAAUCGUCUAGCUGAAAUCAUUACAAGGGACCAGAUAAACUCUGAGUUUGUCAGUGAGGAUGGGAUAUUUAGAGAUCAUCUACAGAUGAACAAUCAAACUGGAUCUCUCACCAUCACAAACAUCAGAACUGAACACACUGGACUUUAUAAACUACAGAUUAUCAGAGACAAGAUAUCAUCCACAAGUUUUACUGUUAUUGUCUAUGCUCCUCUGCCCGUUCCUGUCAUCACCAGAGACUCAUCACAAUGUUCUUCAUCAUCAUCAACCUCAAACUGUUCCUUAUUGUGUUCCAUGUUGAAUGUGAGAGAUGUGCGUCUGUCCUGGUACAAAGGAAACAGUUUAUUGUCCAGCAUCAGUGUGUCUGAUCUCAACAUCAGACUCUCUCUACCUCUGGAGGUGGAUAAUCAGGAUACAAACACAUACAGAUGUGUACUCAACAAUCCCAUCACAAACCAAACUCAACAUCUCAACAUCACUCAUCUCUGUCAGACGUGUUCAGAUGUGUUUGGUGAUUAA